AUGGCAACUGUUGCUGCCAUUCCAGCGGUACCAACUUCCUUUGUUUAUGAUGACUUAAUCUCCCAAGUUCAAGCGGUUCAAUAUCAAAUAGCGGAAAUCGAAAAUCUGCUUAAUACUCGAUUAGAGAAUGAAAUUAAAGAGCGAGAUCAAUUGAAAUUUCAUGCAUUAACGUUUGUUGAUCCAUAUGGAAAUCAAAUGAUCAAUAAACACAUGAACCAUGAAAUGAUCAGUAAAAUAAUUAGAAAAUAUAAGAAAGAUUAUGUGCCAAAAUAUUUACAACGCUGGAUACAAGUUGGUACUAUGGAUCAUGGUGUUAUCGCACCGCUAACCGAUUGUGAAUUAAGAUCGAGUGUAUCUGAAUAUAUAAAUUUAAGUGGGCGUCGAUUUGUUGCCGACGGUGAAGUGACUGUUUGGUUCGGAAGUUAUGAAGAUUCAACUCUAAAUAAAUUUGUAAUAAAUCAUAUGUUAAUGGAUAAUAUGGAAAAAAUUAGGUUGCAGAUAAAUAAGCGAUGUACUAAUGUAGAGUUAAAGUCAUGUACUUUAAAUCAAUGUGGUGAAUUGAAUAACAGCGAUUGGGACAAAGGUAAAACACUAAAAUGUGAUGAUACAGUUAUGUCAUCCAAAUUAUAUGAGAAUAACUGUGUCUUAAUGGCAAAAGUCACCGAAAAAAAGAAACUAAUACAAGAUAAGGAAGGUAUUCCUCCGGAUCAACAGCGUCUCGUAUUUGCUGGCAAGCAGCUAGAAGAUGACAUAACUCUUGAAAAGUACAACAUACAAAAGGAGUCUACAUUACACUUGGUGCAGCGUUUGAGAGGUGGAAUGUACCAUUUUACGAGUGGUCGACAAGAUUUUAAAAUGCUGCCGUAUGACGGUGCUGAAGCGAUUAAGGCUGUGAUUGCAUUCAAGUUUGAAGAGAUAAAAAAUGUUUAUCACUUAUCAUUAGCUGAACUACAAGAAUCUAUUUUGAAGGCACAAGUUGUUCUGUCAGUUUUAUAUCGUACAACUAAAAACGUUUAUACACCAGACAAUGUUCCAAACUUAAAGGUGAUCAUGUUGCAGACUGACGAAUCAAAUGGUAAUGAUGAUGACAGUGACGGCACUCAAGAUGAUGAUGUGUCAACUCAGCAAUGA